UGGGAUAUGUACGUAUGGUCACUGUGGGGAUGAUGAGGUUGAUGGAUUUAUUGAUGAAGCAGGUGACUGAGAUGGUAUACUCCUCAAUGCCAUUGGAUGAGUCCCAGAACAUAUUCCAGUCUGUGCUGACAAAACAGUCAUGUAGCAUAUCUGCUGACUUCACUAGGUCUGUCUGUUUAGUCUUUUUGUGUUUGGUCUUCUGUUCAUAGGCCUACCUCUUUGAUUAAGGGCUGAAUGGUAAAUUAGUUGAGUAGUUGAAUCAGAUGUUGUUGGGAUGGACCAGGGUUGAGGGAUCAUGUUAUAAAACUACUGAUGCAGAGGAAAUUAUACAGGGUUGCACUGCCCCCUUGUGGCUCAACAUAAACAAGACAGCAAUUUCACCUCCCAAACAGCAGGUGGCGAUAAAACAACACACACACACACACACACACACACACUUCCGAUUAACCCAACUACCAACAAACGAAGAGUAAAAUCACAACAUCAGCUGAGAGAGAGACGGGACAUUAUCCUGCAGUAUUAUAUGUCUUUAAAAUGACCAAACUUCAACUGUUGAAUGCCUACCUGACAGAACGUUUAACGGUAGUGGUGCGGGAGAUUCUGGACGUGGUUGGGGACACAGUGGCCGAGUACCGAGAAGAGACGGCUAGGACGAAGAGAGAGAAUGAAAGCGCUAAGAGAGAAAAUGAAAGCCUUCGGCGACAGCUCCGGGACAUCUUACUCUUGGCGGAGACAGACUGGCGAUCCACCAGCCUUUCUCUCUCUGGGCAGCAGCAGCAGCUUUGUGAGCAAGAGUGGAGCUCCAGGCAGGAACAGGACCCAGAACCCCUUCAGCAGAGCCAGGUCAACAGACGAGGGCUACAGACACAGAGCCAGGUAGCGUUGGGUAAGGAUGGGGGUCUCACAGGACCAAACCAGGGACACACUGAAACGGUCCGAGUAGAAGAGAAGUCCAGUCCAGUCCCAAAGACAGAGCACAACUCAGACCCAGAAGCCAAGGGUUUUGGAAACACCUCGUCCUUGGCACCAUCUUUGUUCUCCUCCAAUGCCCACUGUGCCACAACAACUGGAGCAGCCAACGCUGAAGUGCCAGUCCUUAGGACAGAGAGAAAGAGGUCCUCUCCCAUCGACCCAAUCCAGGGACGGAUCAAAAUGGAACCCAAGGAAUGUGACGUCACAGUGAACCUUACCAACCAUGAACCUCAAUCCAGUUCAGGCUACACAGGUCUUCCUAUAACACUACUACCCCACAACCAUGAACUCUCAGGCGAUGCUGGCUUCAAAGACCUUCCGGAUAUGGACAUCUCAGAGCUCCAUAACACACAUGACCAGCAAACAUAUGAAACAGAUCCUGGGUCCAAGGACCAGGUGUUGCCAUAUAACGAGAGUAACAACUUCACCCCCACCGACUACCAGGAGGGGCGCCCACACCGCUGCACCCGAUGUGGGGAGAGUUUCAGCCAGGCGGCCAGCCUCCACCUCCACCUCCAGUACAAGAAGCCCUACGCCUGUGACUGGUGCUGUAAGUCCUUCGCCCAGUCGGCUGACCUGCGGCGCCACCACCGCAUCCACACGGGGGAGAGGCCCCACCGCUGCUCCUGGUGCUCCAAAAGCUUUACCCAGAGAGGCAACCUGAGACGACACCUGAGGAUCCACACCGGUGAGAGACCCUACAGCUGCCCCUACUGCCACAGGACCUUCAGCGACGGAGACACCAUGAAAAAGCACAAACGGACUCACUCUGGGGAGAAACCCUAUCGCUGUGUCCAGUGUCCCAAGAGCUUCACUGUGGCCAGCGGCCUGCGGGUACACCUGAACACACACCAGACAGAUGCAGGGCAGCUCAUCACAUGAGGUCAAUGUGCUCCACCUUUUCAAACACCGGAGGACAUGAAGGGAUUGUGAAACGUUGAAGUGUUUUAGCCAUAGGAAUAUUUCCUAAAUAUAUUUAUUGGAAUUAAUAAAAACAGUGCAGUAGAAAACAAAUGGAUAAUGUCACCUUAGCUGAUGUUUCCAGCUUGAUUGAAGAGUGUGUGUUUGUGAACAUGAAUUAAAUCAGUCCGUCAUUUAAA